AUGACUCGUGACUGCCGGUGUGGUGGAGUACUGGGUCAAUACAGUGUGACUUACACCAAAACAAGUCUCUUUGCCUUGAAGGGGUCAUCAGUGGACCUUCCCUGCUCUUACACAUAUCCCAGUGGGUAUACAGUCGGAACAACAGUAUGGCAUAAUUGGAAGUAUAGGCAGUAUAAUUAUGAAAUACAGCACCGAUCAGAGUAUUCAGGUCGUGUUGAGUACCGUGGGAAUAAGAUCAAUGACUGCACCCUGAGAAUCAGAAACCUGAGAGAGAGUGACUCAGGAGAAUAUCGUUUCAGAUAUGAAACCUUCAGCCAUGACACAUGGAGCUACAUUUGGCGACCUGCCUCAGGUGGAGUCACUCUGUCUGUGAUAGACCUGAAGGUGUGGUUGACACCUACCAUGGUGACAGAGGGAUCACAGGUGAAUCUGACCUGCAGAACCAUCUCCCCUCUGAGUGACAACCCCACCUACAUCUGGUACAAGAACAAACAAUAUCUACAAUACAACUCUUCCUCUUGGUACAUAUCCUCAGUCAACUGUGAGGAUGCAGGCAGCUACUCCUGUGCUGUUAAAGGCCAUGAGGAUCUCCACUCUCCUGAAGUGACUCUAACUGUCAGAUACAAACCAAAGAACAUCUCAGUGGCAGUCAGUCCCUCUGGUGAAAUAGUAGAGGGCAGCUCAGUUACUCUGACCUGUAGCAGUGAUGCCAACCCAGCAGUGCAAAAAUACACCUGGUUUAAAAAGACUGUAGCCUCAACAAAAGCAUAUGGACAGAUCUAUAGCAUCACCAACAUCAGCUCUGAGGACAGUGAAUAAUAUUACUGUAAGGCAGAGAAUGAGAAAGGAGCUAAUAACUCUACAGUUAGAUUGAUAAUUGUAUCAAGAAAACAAACAUCUAGUAUUAACAUAGUUGUAGGAAUCACAGUUGUUGCUCUGGUUCUCAUUCUCCUAUUUAGCUUUCUGUGGUUCAGAAAGAGGGCUUCCAAAUCAACUGACACAAGGGACACAGCAGAGGAUGGACACGGAGGCUCUAGUCACCUGUAUGACACCAUCUCAGGCAUGGCCAUGACCCCUCCUGCAGUACAGACAGUGGACACAGACGAAGAGGAUAACAUCCACUAUGCCAGUGUCCACUUCUCUCCCUUUAGAAACCAGGAAGUGCCUCUGUACUCCACUGUCCAACUGCCUAACAAGGAAGUCCACUACACUGUGGUGAAAUUCAACCGCCUAGGUGUUGCCCCCCAACCUCCAGCACAUGCAGCUGAGGAUCCAUCUGCAAUCUACAGCACAGUCAACAAACUCAGAACCUGAACAUAAGAAGGUACAUUCUUAUGCCCUCAUACAGUGUUUCCCAGCCCUCUUACUAGGUCGCUGUAAUCCUACUGAGCUGAAUUUUAAAACGUUGCCUUGUUGAUUUGGAAUGUCACACAAUAUUCUGAUGUCUAAAGUAUAGAUUAGAUAGAGCCUGCUGUGACUCUAUUACUGUACAAGACACUACAGCAACAAUUCUAGUGUAGUGAAGUGGAAGAUGUGACAUAAUAGUUUUGCUUAUGAACAUUGUUAAAGCUGCAAUAUGUAACUUUUUG